GAGAAUUUAUUCGCUUUACUUUAUAUGUGUUUUGUACGAGUCAGAAGUAGAAUAGGACCAAAAGCUUGUAGUUAAAUGGUAAACUAUAUAAAAGCACCAUGCAACAACAACAACAACAACAACAGCAGCAAGUAAACACUAACAAACGUAGAAGAAAACGAAAAUCAUGUUUAAGUUGUUUUUGUUGCUUUUCCUCUGGUAGCAUAGCAGCGAACGUCGAAGGCCUGCAGCUGAAAACGGUGGACUGCGACUGGAUGUCAUCAGAAAAUGCCUCCGACCACCACACCACCGAAUACUCUGCGAAAUAUCUGAUUUUACGCCGUGCCCAGACCUUCACGAUGAAAAUGAAAUUCCAGAGAAAAUUCCACAAAACAGCAGAUCGGGUAGUACUGGAACUCAGCUUAGGUACGGGUUCACAGUUGAUGAACGAAACUAAAGUUCGCUGUCCACUGGUUGCUACACUUGACCCAACAAAGUGGGGAAUGGUUAUAACUCACGAAGAAGAUGAAACGUUCUUGGUUACGUUUACAGUGAACAUUCCACCUAAAGCGUUGGUCGGCAAAUACAAGUCAGUGGUUGAAUUCACCAGCCAACUAGAAAGUGGGGAAUCGGUUACAACACGUGACAAUGAACCGGAGUUGGCAAUUCUUUUCAAUCCUUGGUCGAAAUUGGACUCAGUGUACAUGGAAAACGAGGCUGAACGUGAAGAAUAUUGUUUGAAUGAUCUUGGGAUAGUAUACAGAGGUUCAAAGGUUCGAAUCAGUGGAAAAAAGUGGAAUUUUGGCCAGUUUGAGGAAAAUAUUUUGGAAUGUUCAUUGCUUCUACUUGAUAAAGACAAGCGAGCAAAAGAGAAACCGAACAAGUGGAUUCAAAAGCGGGGCGACCCAGUUUGGAUUUCUAGAGCUGUAUCAGCAAUGGUAAACGCUCAAGACGAUGACGGUGUCUUGGUCGGGAAUUGGUCCGGCGACUAUUCGGGCGGAGUAUCCCCUACCAAAUGGAACGGAAGUGUGGAGAUAUUACAGCAGUACUACAACACGGGGAAGCCCGUAUCGUAUGGACAGUGUUGGGUUUUCUCUGGUCUUGUUACAACAGUACUACGGAGCUUAGGAAUACCAACAAGAAGCGUCACGAACUUUGCCUCAGCACACGACACAGAGGGCAGUAUGACGAUUGAUAAUUACGUUGACGAGAGCGGAGAAGAAAUUAAUCUCGGUGGAGACAGUGUCUGGAACUUUCAUGUUUGGAACGAAUGUUGGAUGAAACGAGGCGAUCUUCCAACUGGUUACGACGGUUGGCAAGCAGUGGAUGCAACUCCACAAGAAAUAAGUCUUGGACUUUAUCAAACUGGACCGGCCCCUCUCACUGCUAUUAAAAACGGGGAAGUAUACUUGGGUUUUGAAACAGCUUUUGUGUUCGCUGAGGUAAAUUCAGAUCGCACAAAUUGGAUAGUAAAGCAAGAUGAAGGAGGAGAAUAUGUAAUUGAAACCCUUGGAUCGAGGUUUCCAAAAUCUGUUGGUAAAUACAUCAGCACAAAGUCUGUGGGUACCGACGAUAGACUGGAUGUAACGAACUUGUACAAAUACACUGAAGAUAGUGCCGAAGAAAGAGAGGCUUUUAAAAAAGCGUAUGCAUUCGGAACUUUACCAGAAUACCAGGCUGGAUUCCUCUCGGUAGAAGAAGAAGGAAAAGGGGUUAGCAUUGAUUUCUCUACUGCACCUAACAUACGAAAUGGGGAUGGUUUUGCUAUCGUGAUCACAGCACAGAACGAUUCUGCUGAAAAAGUGACAGUCGAUAUUUCUGCUGUUCUGCACUCAACAUUAUACACUGGUGAAAAGAGAAGGUUCAUCAAAAGACAGCGAUUUUCUGCUAUUCCUGUUGAUACAAAUUCAACUGUCUCCCGUGACUUCAAUGUAAUGUUUAGUGACUACAACGGCAAACUUGUCGAUCUCAAUUCUUUACGACUCUCAGCUGUUGUCAAAGUGAAAGAGACUGGCAAGAUGUUUGCUGAUAGCUAUGAGUUUCGACUUGACAACAAGGAAGCAAUAGAUAUACAGGUAGAAAACACGCUACAAAUCAAUAAAGAAUAUCAGGUUUUAGUGAACUUCUCGAAUCCACUGCCAACAAGACUCACAAACGUUGUUGUUACUUUAGAAGGGCCUGGACUGAGCGAACCUCUUACACGGAAACUAAAUCGUAAUGUUGUAGCUGGAGGUACAGCUCAAUUCUCUUUUCCCAUUCAACCAAAAAAAGUCGGAAAAAAAUCAAUUCUGGUUGACGUUGAUGCAAAACAAGUAAAGGAUUUGAAAAACUUCAUUGACGUAGAAGUUGUAAGUUCUUGAAGCAGGAGCAGGCACCAAAGGCCGCAUUUUUAUCAAGCAAGACCUGUACCACUUUACAGACACUGAUCUGCCAAAACAAACGACAACGCUAGACUGUUGGAUUAUAACGUUGUAAUUUUUUGAAGCGGUAUUUAUUUACGACUUUUGCAUAACGUAAUGCAUUUUAUAUUCAAAUGCUACUUAUAUUUUUAACAUUGUUCAUUUAAAUUUUGUUCACAUUACUAAUAGUUUCAUGUUUAUUCAAUCGCCAGUAAUUUGUAAAUAAAAUAAAAAGAACUUUG